AUGGUUCAAAAGGUAUUGUUGCUUGGCUCCGGGUUCGUGGCGAAGCCCACCGUCGACAUUCUUUCCAAGACCCCCGACGUCGAGGUGACGGUGGCGUGCCGCACGUUGCUGAAGGCGCAAGAGUUGGCCGGUCUGGCCGCUAAGGCGAUCUCGUUGGACGUCACCGACGAGAAGGCGCUCAACGACGCCGUGGCCAACUUCGACUUGGUGAUCUCGUUGAUCCCCUACAUCUACCACGUCAACGUCGUCAAGGCCGCCAUCGCCAACAAGAAGCACGUCGUCACCACCUCGUACAUCAACCCGCAAUUGCGCGAGCUCGAACAGCAGAUCAACGACGCCGGCAUCACCGUGAUGAACGAGAUCGGGUUGGACCCCGGUAUCGACCACUUGUACGCCGUCAAGACCAUCGAGGAAGUGCACAAGGAGGGCGGCAAGAUCAAGCUGUUCUUGCUGUACUGCGGCGGUUUACCUGCUCCUGAAGCCUCCGACAACCCCUUGGGCUACAAGUUCUCGUGGUCGCUGCGCGGGGUGUUGUUGGCGUUGAGAAACUUCGCCAAGUACUGGAAGGACGGCGAGAUCGUCGACGUCAAGUCCGAGGACUUGAUGGCCACCGCCAAGCCCUACUUCAUCUACCCCGGGUUCGCGUUUGUCGCCUACCCUAACCGGGACUCGACCACUUACAAGCAAUUGUACAACAUCCCCGAAGCCGAGACCGUCAUUCGUGGUACCUUGAGAUUCCAGGGUUUCCCUGAGUUCAUCAAGGUGUUGGUCGACAUCGGCUUCCUCUCGGAAGAGCCCGCCGCCAUCUGGGACAAGCCCGUCCCCUGGAAGGACGCCACCGCUCAAUUGGUCGGCGCCGCCCUGUCUGACGAAAAGGACAUCGUCGCCAAGAUCGACUCGUUGACCAAGUUCAAGUCCGACGAGGACCGCGCCAGAAUCUUGGCUGGGUUCAAGUGGUUGGGUCUCUUCUCCGACAAGCCCACCACCCCCAGAGGCAACCCCUUGGACACUUUGUGCGCCACCCUUGAGGAAUUGAUGCAAUACGAAGAAGGCGAACGCGACUUGGUGUGCUUGCAACACAAGUUCGGCAUCGAGUGGGCUGACGGCACCGAAGAGGUGAGAACCUCUACUUUGGUCGACUACGGUGACCCCAAGGGCUACUCGUCGAUGGCCAAGCUUGUCGGUGUCCCCUGUGCCGUGGCCACUCAACAGAUCUUGAACGGCACCUUGUCGAAGAGAGGGUUGUUGGCGCCGAUGACCUCGGAAAUCAACGACCCCAUCAUGAAGACGUUGAAGGACGAGUACGGCAUCUUCUUGACCGAAAAGACCAUCUCGUAG